AGUCAGAGACUCAUGGCUUUGCCAUAGAACUAUACUAUUAUUGCUCAUAUCCAAAAGAAAAAGAAAAUGGAUUAUAUCGACCUUACAUUUCUUGUUAUUCCUACUGGCGCAUUUUUGGCUAUCGAAGUACGCCGUAUGGAAUUUAUAUUUCUAAGAAUGAAUCAGUCAGCGUAUUACAUACCAAAGUUCGUAAUACCUUGUUACACGAGUACAGAAAUGCUUCUUUUAAUCUUCGUGCGGUUGAUGUUGAACAGUCGGAGUCUCAUCCCCUUUAG